AUGUCGCCUCCAAUGUUACUGAAGACAAUCCGUACGUUGAAGGAUUCCACAUUUGAAGCUUGUGUCUGCAUCAGUGCACAUCUGAAGGCAUCUGUACCUGCAGAGAAUGGGACCAAAGCCGGAAAAAGUGACCUCAAACCUCUGGUCAUUGAAUUAAGGCUCCUCGGAGGCAUACUCUACAGUCUUGAAUCUCUCAUCGUCGAGUUAUCUGACAAUGAAACCUCCGCCGACAGUACCCUGGGCAUCACCCCUAGCGCCUCAGGAUCCGUUUCUGAGAAUGAUCUAUCACAAGAAUGGCCAGUUAUCGAUGGGUUUGAGAUACUACUCACUGCCAUAAAGUCAUUUCAUCAUCUCGCCACUUCCGAUGGGAUCAAAGCCGCCAGAUCAUCACUCCAUGAUAUUCGAUCCAAACUAGCUUUUGUGCUCGGAAUCUCAGACUCGCUGGAGGAUAUUUCACUUCGACUCACUCUAAUCGAAUCAGAACCGUUACCACAACUUCUGGUCCAGAAGGAAUAUGACCCUGAGGCCAUCGAAUCACCCGUACAGGUCCCUUAUGACGAUGAGCAUGGAGAACCAAGACCCGAAGAUGUCUCCGCUUGGCUGAGUAUCCUGAAUUCGCCAGAAAAUGAUCGAGAGCCAGCAGAGUACAACAGAGAAAUCACAUUGGUCCAGUCACGCCGCAUAACAGAGCCAGCAUAUAGAAUAGCGGCUAUAAGGUGGCCAAAAUAUGCAGAGAUCUACUGGCAAAAGCUUAGACCCCAAGUCUGUUCCCUCUUUCGUAUGCAAAAGUCGUACAACUUUGUACAGUGGGUUCUUGAGUAUGCCAGGGAGACAUACCCUCGAACAUUCGGCACGAUGGCCCUUUCGCCAAGAUUCCUUCUUGAGCUGACUGAUGCGCUUUGCCACGGAUCCGUCUCGCCACUUCACAUCGCUGCUGCUCUUGGUUUGCCUAAUCUUUGCAGAGACCUUCUGUUAAUGGGUGCCAACGUCAACCAGCCCGGUCUUCUCGGCACGCCAUUAUAUUGUGCCCUUGUUGGUAGCAAAGUUCUUAUUACCCGUAUGGAGCCAGUAUCGUGGGCGACUCUCCUCGUUGGUAACGACUCUGAUAUCGACCAGGCGGCAACUAUCCUAUUGCUUGUCGACAAGGGCGCAGAUUGCACGUUUCAGUAUUCUUGGAAAAACGCUACUGAGGAGGUAUCACUAGCAGGUUUGGCCUUUUGGACUGCAAUGAAGACCAAGCACGAAGCAAUCUUCACAAACAUCAUCAAAGGAUUUACAGAUGCCACCCAAGGGUCCACUGACAACGUUAAAGGAGGUGUACUGGACCCUUCUUUUUGUCUCCUUUUGCAGCGGGAGCCUGUAGUCAAGCGCGGUCUGCUUCACCGAACACGAUUCGCGCGUUUGCUCACAUACAUAUAUGACUUGACAUUGGUAGACAUCGAAAGGGAAUCCACAGAGUACCAUUGGCUCCAAGAGCUGGUAGCUCGACUCAUGGUGCACGCCAACAUCAAGUUUUCCCCCUUGGCUGAUGGAAAGGUGGACACAUUGAAUGACAGCAAUUUUGCGGCUGUCAUUAGGACUGCUGUUCUGGACUUCAACGUGAUCUUGGUGGAGCGUUUGAUCAAAGACCCAAGAUUCUAUCCCAACUUCAAAUACGACAAGGACGAGACGCUUCUCCACAUGUCUGCUGAAUCUGCACAGAAUGAGAUUCUGGACAUGUUGAUUCAAGCCGGGGCCGAUAUCAGAGCCAGAGAUUCGAGUGGUCGCACACCACUCAUGGUCUGUAAUGAAGUUAGUCCUAUGGCUAAGCUGAUUCUGGAACACUCUGCACCAACCUUUGAUAAGGAUAAUGGUGGCCGCAAUAUUUGGCACUACUUCGCCGCUACGAACGAAGACGACAUACUCAAAUUUCUGUGGGAAAAUGACCCUUACAAGAUCCGCAACUUGAAUACCGUCGAUGAACAAGGGUAUACCCCGCUGCAAUCAGCAUUUUGUCACGUCGAGGCUCUUCAGCAAUCUCCCAAGAGCUCCACGGCCGCCGCUCCGUUUGCAGCUUGGUUUCUGCUCGAGAAAUGUCAAGGGUAUCUACGAGCGGAGGGCAACGAAAACCUGGCUCGAUGGGCCGUCGAAUGGGGCAAUCUGGCGCUUGUACAAAAACUGUUCCAUCUCUUUCCUCAGGCUAACGCGAAUGACGAAUUACUCCUCAAGUCACUUAACAUGUCAGCGUGCCCGGAGCUGGUCUCAUUAGUGCUUAACAGGGCUGGACCCUCUCGGCCAUUCGCUGAUGGCACAACAGCAGCAGAGACAGUCAUCACGAAUGUCAAGCUAUUGAACGAAGGGCGAUUAACCAGCAGCCCAUCUUCACAUCCAUCUUGCUCUCCUAGUAUGACACGCAGCGCCUACAUGGACCUUCUUACACCAGAAGUUCUCAAAUCGAGAGACUCAAAUGGGCGAGGCCUUUGGUUGCGAUUUACACAGGAUGUUCUCCCGUUGCUUAGCAGACACUCGCUUGAACAUCCUACAAACCUGUAUUUCCUCACCUCCUUCAUAUGCAUGGCUAUAUCGUGCUUGGUUAAAGCGGGGGCCCUCGCCGACUACGAAAAGGAGACCAAAAAAUGGGCGGUAAGCUGUAUAGCAACGAAAGGACAGGAGUCUGUCAAUCUCCCGAAGUGGGAGAGAUGGCACAUCCCAUUUGCCGCCGCCGUCUUGGCCACUUGGUUCGACGAGGAAAAUAAGUAUCGGCAAGAUGGCGAACUUGGGCUCAUGGGCUUUUAUAAUGAAGAGGAGGCGGCACAUCUUCUCUCGCAGGCCGUCAGCUUCCGCAUGUCAGAAUUCGUCAAGCUACUCGUCGAAUGUGGCUGCAACGUGCACAAGCCUUGGCCUAUAGGCCUUCAUGGGAAGUCGGUCUUCGAGGCCUUUCUAGCUGAUCAUCAGCCCGUGGACGUCGGCAUGAUUCGACCCCUGCUCAGCAACACGAAGCCACAUCAGAUUAUUCAGCAACAGCAUUAUACUUUCACGGAGCUGGUGAGAGUGCCGGACGAAGCGAUAGCAGUGGAGAUCCUAGGUCAACUUAUCGAUUGUGGGAUGGACGUCAACAGCUUGGAAAUUACCCCUGCUUUACCUUUAAGAUCGCCCACACCAUCGCCGUCCUUGCUCAUGAUAGCGAUUUGCUCGAAGAGGAUCCUCAUGGGACGAUUGCUGAUUGAACGAGGCGCAGAUGCCUCUUUGGCGCCGCCAAAUUCCAUCAAUGCCUAUCUCCUUGCUGCCAAGCUUGGAUAUGUGAUAAUCCUUGAAAUGAUCAUCGAGAAAGUCGGAUCGGCAGAGUUUCCUUGGCUAGGCGUAUUUGAACACAUGGAGGAUCGCGAUACUUACAAUGCCUUACAAUUCGCGGCAGCCGGGGGGCAUCGUGAUGCCCUCACUACGCUCUUGGAGGCCACGCCUUUGGCUGAUAAGAUCACUGCUGCUAGUCCGCGGUUUGGCAGAACAUGCGCCCACCUCGCCGCGAAGGCCGGUUCCUUGGAUUGUGUGAAGAUCUUGAAGAGAUACUCGGAAAGUCUAUUCAACGUGAAGGACCUGUCAGGAAGAACCCCUCUUUUCUUGGCAAUCGUUGGUGGCAAUCAAGAAUUGAUUCAGUAUAUGAAAGACAAUUUGUUGGAUUAUGAUAAUCCCCAGGAUAUGGGUAUCAUCUCCCUGAGCCCAGUCCGAGCCCAAGAUGACGACUCCGACAGUGAGUCGCUGCCAGAAUCAACUCAUGGUAAAGCAGGCCAUGAGCAGAAAGACUCCGAACCAAGACGAUUGGGCGCCAUGAUAGCAGACGCGAUAGACCGCUAUCAACUGAGCCGUGAUCCUUUGUUCAAGUCUAUCCUUGACCACACCUCACGGAAGGACCUAGAGUCUGCCAUCAUGCCUUGUGGAGGCUGUACCCUUCUCAGUUACACGGCAGCGACCAACAGGAUCCGACCUAUGUUAGAACUGGUGGAGUUGGGUUUUAAGGGUUUCGUGGCUGGCUGUGAGGAACAUUGGCCUCAUGGCUACAACGCACUUCUUAGUGCAUGUCUGAAUUUUCGACCGCUGAUGGCAACCGACAUUUUCAUUCCGUCAGAAAAAGCACACUUCUUCUUCAAAGUGUGCUUAGAUGCUUAUUUGAGAGAGGGGAGGUCAUGGUUCCAUCUUCCAAUCCCACCGAUCCAAGCCCUUUUCGACUCCUCCCGGAAUAGUGGCCAGGAUAUUAUCGAUCAUCAGAUACGGGUACUUCAAAUAUUCAUCAAUCACCUAACUGAGCAUGCUCAGGUAUAUUGGGCUAAGAUGAGGGCCUCUGGGCUUACUGCCGGGUUCGAGUUCUCUGCAGAUGAGAACAUUCAAAGGAGAGUUCUACGUUACGCUCUGAACUUGAGAAGGCGGGUUAGUACGGGGAAUACUGACGCAACCCACACUACGGUCCUGCAUGAUCUCAUACAUUGCGUGGCGCGAGUUGGCGACAAUCGAUUAUUUGGCGCAAUGACAUAUCACAAAGCGGCCAAACUCCUCAUCGAAAGCGGAAUCGAUGUCAACGCGCAAGACUCAGAACUUGUAACCCCCCUACAUCUAGCUGCUGGUUAUGGUCAACUGGAUAUGGUAUUAAUACUCUUGAGAGCGGGUGCCAACCGGGAUCUUUUGUGUGCCCAAGGCUUAUCAGCCCUGGGGCGAUCCAUCGCUCACAACAGCCUCGAAGUGGCCCGUUGCCUAUUGGAAAAUGGCGCUAGCCCUGUCACAUUCUAUAAUAUCCCUUUCGAAGACGUCCAUGGCGAUAUGAAUGUGCUUCGCCAGUUGAUUGAGCUCGGGGCGGAUCCUUACGAGGUCUUUCCAGGCGCCGGAAGUACUCUCACAAGUGCGAUUUCUGGGGGUGCUGAGGGCAUGUCAUUCGUACUGAACGGAAACUUUGACUUUUAUCGACUUGCAGAACAGGAACCGCUCCUACUCGGCGAAGUCCUUGCUAACAGGACUUUGUUGCCCAUGGAGCUCAAAGCGAUUAUCAAGCGCAUGCCACACGAGUAUCGCGCUCGCUUGGUGAACUCUGAACCGGAGGAGAAAUACACUCCAGCAUAUACUGUUAUCCUCAAUGACAACCCGAAGCUCCUGCAGGUAUUACUUGAUGUCGGUUUAGACAUUGAGCGCGAGCGGCAUGGAAAGGGAACACCCUUGAUGUUUGCUGCUAGCAUUGGAGCCUUGAAAUGCUUCAAGCUCCUUGUCCAUCAUGGCGCGAGGCUGGCAUACCUCACCACCGGAAGACAAGGUGAAGUCAUCGCGAGAUCUGUCGCCGAAGCAGCAAAGCUCUACCCGCAUCUACUUCAAUGGGUCUUCAUUGAUCGUCACUACGAAACAAAGUAUCUCACACAAGCGGCACACUAUGGACCUUUCAUCCCUAUAAAGCCAUGGUCCGGCCGCCGAAGAGCGGGAUAUAAAUUGGCAGGCUACGGUGAUGAAAUCCCCGAGCUGCCCACUGAGUCUAUGAUAGACUUCCUCGCCCGAGUUGCGAGUAUGAAGAGGAAUAUGAGAGGGAGGGUCUUGCCUGUUGUUCUUUGUGAAUUUGUACCGGGGUUUGCGCAGUUUUAG